AAGCUCUAUAAAAUCCUAUUGACGAGAGUUGCUUUCCAUUAGGCCUUCGUUGCAUCUCAUUAUUUCGAUCUUGUCGAAGUGAGUUGGGUCGAUGGAUCUGUUUGAAACGAGCCAAAUAGAAAAGCUGUUGGAGUCUUUAGAAAAUUAUCAACCUGCUUUUCCAGACGCUCUAGUACGUUAUUAUUUAGCAAAAUCAGGCUUUCAAACUGAUGAUAUCCGGGCGGAAAGACUGGUUGCCCUUGCGGCACAAAAAUUUGUGGCAGACGUUGCGAACGACGCACUCAAUCAUGUAAAGCUACGCCAGCAGAGUCAGGCAACUUCCAAGAAGAGUAAAGAAAAUGAAGUUAUAUUAACUGUAGAAGAUUUGUCCAAAGCCUUGGAAGAAUAUGGAGUUCAUUUGAAGAAACCUCCCUACUAUGUUGAUAGUCCUGUCGUUGGUGUUGGUUCUGCCAAUCUGAAAAAAAGAAAGACUGAACAAGUUACUUCUGUGAAGCCAGAAGAAAAGAGUUUGGAAGGGAAGGAAGUCUUUAAGGAAGAACCGAAAGAAGAAGACAAGGAGCUAACACAAGAACCAGAAAAUGUGUGAUAUUUUAGAAAAUGGUAGAAUUUGAAC